AUGAGUAUGUUCUACGAUAAAAUUGAAGCUAUACCAAAGAACUAUGUUAGAUAUAUAUUACAAAAUACUGCAUACGUCACACUGACCACAUCGAGGUACAAAAAAGGGGAGAUAUUCGGAUUACUUCGGACAAAUACAAUAGCUGCCAUUGCAUCGUUUGAAGCCCUAUUGAAUCCACCGGAUAGAUCUGGAAUUGGCGCUCUGGUCACCAUGUUUUAUGAUGUAACAACCAAAAUGACGUCAUACGUUAUACAAGUUGACGGUUAUCGUCAUUCUAAAAUGAUUUCAGAGGAGUACUUUGUGACGUUUGAAAAGGACACAGAAAUAAUUCAUCAGCAUGUUUUAAGAACUUCACACCAGAAAUACCAGAUGGUUGGAAAGGUAAGCGUUAACGGUAAAAUGUCCAAGCAAAUAGCGCGCGGAAGGUUACAUGUAAGAGUGACGUCAAGAACUGGUGAGACGAUGAUUGGUGUACUCAGACCGAGGCUGUUACGUACAGGAAUGAUAGCUACAUAUACAUCUACAGAUAUCAGCACUGGUUAUGUUUUAAUGUCACUAGAAGAUAAUGGAAGUCUAAAAUACAAGGUUUCACUUAAUUUACAACAUACUGCUUCCAUUAGUGUAGCAAUACAGCGGCAUAUAAAAAGUAGCAGUGAAUGGAGAGAUUUCGCCACGAUUUUACAGAAGAUAGAAGCCUAUAAGAAGCCUCCAUUUCAAGAAAGUGGGCUGUUUAAAAAGUUACGAGCACGAGACAUUGUGCUGAUUCAGAACUCAGCUGUUCGUAUCAAAAUAGUAAUAAAUGAUGAGGAAAUGUAUGCUAGAUUCUAUCUGCUGAAAACGACUACAGACUUCAUGUUUACAGCUUCAGAUAUAACAUUAAAGUCGGCAUAUUGUGAAUCACCAGCGUUUGUGUUUUAUGAUGUCACCAAAAAUUGUUCAAGUUUGGAUUAUUACGUCAUUGCGACGGGUGCCCGUGACGAUAGCCUUGAUAUGACAUUUACCAUAGAGACAAAAAACGCGGGAACAUUAGUUAGAAAACUGGCAGAGCCAUUGGGAACAAUUACUGGGAUUGGAGAUAGCGUGUUUAGAGAUAUAAAUCAUGGGAGAGCCAUGGUAAACCUGAGAGUGUCCGAUGAUGUGUGUGAACAAUACCAGGGACAAUUACAACUGAGAAACAAUUGUUGGUUAAAACAAUUUACAACAACAACAGCAACGAAUUCGGAGGAAAAUGAGCUAGAAGUUGGCGGUGUUGAUAAUUUUAGAUGUUAUUAUGAAGGACAGUUCUAUGCGCAUGCGCGGUCUUGGAUUCCAGCAGACGAUAAUCCAUGCGUAACUUGCAGAUGUAACAGAGGUAACGUUUAUUGUGACAGAUUACUCUGCCCGCCCACGUCAUGUCAAUAUCCAAUCAAACAGGAAGGGGAGUGCUGUCCUGUCUGUAAUGACGACAACGAUACUGAGAAGAAACAUUCGGGAAGUUGCUAUUUUGAAGGCGACAAACGGUGGCACCCGGCUGGAUCAUUUUGGCAUCCGUAUGUUCCACCAUUUGGAUACUCAAAAUGUGCGAUAUGUACAUGUAUACAAUUAACGCUAGAAGUAAAUUGUACAAGAGCACCAUGUCCGGAAUUGAAAUGUCCGAAACAUGAGCGAGUAAGAGUGAAUACCGACGACUGUUGUCAAACGUGUAAAGGUAUUAAUAAUGUUGCUUCUGGUUUUGAAGACAUUUUAAUGACGACAAAAAUAAAAGGCAAAGAAGCUUGUACGUUUGGAGACAGUAUAUAUCAGCAUGGCGACAAAUGGCACCCAUCUUUGCAACCGUUUGGAGAGAUGAAAUGUUAUACAUGUUCAUGCAAAAAUGGAAAAGCUCGAUGUAGAAAACAAAGAUGUCAACCUUUAGAUUGUAAACAACAAUACAGACCGUCAGGAGAAUGUUGUCCUAUAUGUACAGAGAAAAACUUGAGAUCAAGGAAGAGGGGCAGCAAUGAAUUAUUAAAUUGAGAUAUGUUAUCCUAUAACCAUGUUUUGUUCGUAUUUAUUUGUUGUUACUUGUUUUAGAUAUGAUAACUAUGCCAAAUGUUUUUACAACAUUUCAUAUUUUUAAACCAUUAUUUGUCAUUUAUUUAUAUUUGUUAUAUUGUUGAAAGAUAUAUUUUUACUAUCCAUUAUACCUGUAUACUUUGUAAAUAAGUAAAACAUGCAUUGUGUAGGAGUUUGAUAUGCAAAAACUCUGAGUUCAUGAACC